AGGAACAGUGUUGUGACAAAUUAAACGGUUUGCUGAUUCAGGUAACCAAAUCGGACAUUUUGUUUGUAAAAGACAAAUAAACAUGUGUGAUUUCCGCAGACGGUUGACAAUUACGUCGGAUUGAAAGAGGGAAAAUUGAUAUUUGGGACAACUUAGACUAACAUCAAAGAUGCCUCGAAAACGCCGCUCCCCCGAGAUGGACGACUCCGACGAGGACGACGACUCGCGCCACCCCCAGCGGAACGCCGCCAACGCCCGCGAGCGCGCCCGGAUGCGCGUCCUCAGCAAGGCCUUCUGCCGGCUCAAGACCACCCUGCCGUGGGUGCCGGCGGACACCAAGCUGUCUAAGCUGGACACGCUGCGUCUGGCCACCAGCUACAUAGCGCACCUGCGGGCCGUCCUCAUGGACCAACCUGUGCCGUCGGACCAGAUCCACAAGCACCCGUUAACGCUUACCUGGCCCUACAGUUUCCAACGAAGUGAAGCCAACACAGAUGUUAGUGGUGAAAGGGAGGCGCAAAUGUGGGGCGAUCUUUCCAUCCAGCCUGUCGUCAGGGAUAAAGACGUAUCCUAUUACUACUAAUUUAUACACCGAAAAAUCCUCCUCGGCUACGAUGAGGUGAAGGAAGAGAGAUUAGAACUUUUAAAUUAUUGCACACGGCGACUGCCAUUUAGUAAAUUUAUUAGGAUAAUUAACUAUGUCAGUGUGAAUUUGAUACUUUUGUGGAUGAUGUGUUAAUAUUGAGAUAAGUUAUUACGACCAUGGGCCUUGUUCCUGCUUCCCAGAACUGGACAUUUCAGGGAAGUUAAAUGAUGUAUUAUUUUUGAUGCAAUAUGUAACGAACGAUAUUUAUUUAACGGUAGAUUUAGCGCGUUAUUUUUAGAGUAGAUGCCUAUAUUUAUAUAAAUUGCUCUGAAUAAAUAAAAUUUAUUACGAAUA